CCACCCAAAAAAAAAAUCUCUCCUUUUUCACUCCCUCACUGUGGUGCCCACUCUCCAACCCGCCCCCACUGCCUCCCGGCCUAUGCACUGCUGACCAUUCCAAGCAUUGUCGGUGCCUUUUGUUAACCGUUACGUUCCACUUCUCUCCUCUCUCUCUCUCUUUGCUACGCUACGCUCUUCUUGUGGCCUGCCUGCCAAAAAAUUGUGCCAUAUGUAUGGCCGAUGCCGAACAUUGCGAUGCUCUACGCAGAACGAGAAAAAAAGAGAGAGCAAAAGCUGGUGCAUGAGCGUGAGCGAGAGAGCUGACUUAAGGUUUUGGGUUUUGUGAGUGCUUGUGCUUUUUUUUUUGUUUCUGUUCUGUUUUUGUGCUGCUCGUUGUUGCUGCUGUUGGGCUCGACUGGAUGGCUGAUGGCUGAUGGCUGAACCCCGCCGCCUGAGAGAACGUAGUGCGCAGUCGCUGGGAAUUGUCGCCACCGCGGCCACAUUGGCUUCGUCAAGUUUGCCGGCUGCUGCCCAGAUACACACGACGGCAGCGCUGCCCAAUUCCAGCUGAACGAAGCCGUCGGCGUCGACGUCGACGCUCGGGGAUUGGCCAAUCAGAGUGCGGCCGUGUGUAUUAUAUAAGGCGCAGUGCUGCCAUUUUGUAGGGGUGGCCGCCAUGGCCACGCCUACGCCUGAUAAAUAAUGAAAACAUGUCCUCCCCAUUUGAAAAUAAACUCUGAAGUUAGCGAAACUCAUCAUAGAAUUCUUUAUCACAACACAACGCGCGCUUGUCUAGUUGUGAAAUCUGUUCGCUUGCGUUUAGUUUUCAGUUUUCGACAAUAGUUGAGCGCAGCGAGCGACACAGCGACAGACAAGACAGACGACAGACGACGUACACACAGACACAAAAACACAAACAUAUACAUACACACACGCACAUACGAACGAACAGCUGUGAGCAUACUCACACACACCCACACACACAUACAUACGCAUACACUGAAGCGCGACUCACUGAUAAACAGAGUAAAAGCAAAACUGCCAAAGCGGCAAAACGGCAAAACGGGCAGCAGCAACAACAACAACAACCACAACAACGACGACGACGACAAAAGCAAGAGCAAAACGCAACACUGCAAACUGCAAAAAAGAGAUAGAACGAGCUUUAAGCGCGGCUUAGCGACAGCUGAAGCGACGGCUGAAGCUCCAGCAAAGGCUUUUGGGCUCAGCGCGAAAGCGCGGCAUCUGCAAACGGUAAAUGUUAAACGGCAAACGGUAAACGACAAGCGGCAAACGGCAAACGGCAAAACGGUAAACAGUGCUUACGUAGUCAGCGUUCUCAACUCAGACCCUCACGUUGCCUUGCGUCGCGUUCACGUUCACGUUCACGUUGCUCGUUGUCUCGGUCAUGCGGUCAACAUCGGUCAUCGGUUAUCGGUUAUCGGCCAGACAAUUACGCACAAAUUAGAGUCAGUGAGCAGAAUUGUUUUACAAUUGUUAAACGCGCAUUUCGCUUUCUUGUGCUCCUUCUUAUUGUUGUCUCCUCUUUACCGUGCAAUUAUCACACACACUCACACACACACACACACACACACACACACACACACACACACACACACACACACACGUCACACACAAUCGCGCGCGUAUUUGGCGACGGCUUUUUUUGUUGUUGUUGCUUGGAGCCACGAAAAUUCCUAAACAAUUUUUUUCUUGUGCUUUUUUUCUCAGUUUUGUUGCGCGCCGUAGACAAAACUCCACAACAUCGAAUCCAAAAGAAAUACAACAAAAUAGUAAUGCAAAUAAAAUUCAAUUAAAUCAAGUGCAUAAUCAAAACACAGUGUAUGGAAAAAAUUGUUAUCAAAAUAUAAAAGUUAAUCAAAUCUCAAGCGAGAGCGAGCGAGAGCCGAAGGAAAGCUACAUCGAAGCACAAAUAACAAAAAAAAAAGAAAAGAAAAGCAAAGAAAAGAAAAAUACAAAAAGAAAAAGAAAAAUACACAUAAAAUAAAAAAGUCUCAAUUGCUCAAUUGCCAAAGAGUCGACGCCUUUUUGGGUACGCAUAGUAUUUGACGUCCUGCAUUGCAGGACAGUCCUUAAAGUUGUCAAAGUAAGUGCUUCAAAAUUUACUCGCCAACGACAUUUGACGCCUCAAGGGCGUUCAAGCUGGAGGAGGAUUUCGUCGGCGGCUGCAUGACAAUGUCGAUGUAUUCGACAACGGAUAAAAUGAAAAUGUCAGCGCCCAGUUGUUUUCCAGGACGCUACAGUCCAUCCUAUCGAAGUUCUGAGCAAAUGCGACGCUGCAUGCCAAAUCCAUCUAGUCGUUUAUUAGAAGAUGCUUCCCUAUUAUGCAAUUCGUGGUCAGCACGUCAGAAUGGUGAUAUUUUUGCGGGUAUCAACGACGGCAUACUCAGUAGAGCGGAAGCUCUCGCUGCCGUCGACAUUCAGAAGCACCAAGCCCAGCAUGUACAUAGCCAAAUGCCCUCCCAAAUCAAGCACGAUGUGAUGUACCAUCAUCACACAAUGAGUGGUCCCCCGCAACGUCCACUACAGAUGCACCAUUCAAUGGAUCAACUGGACAUGCUAGAUCCGACGGGCUCGAUGACAACGUUAGCGCCCAUCUCGGAAUCGCCAUUAACGCCCACACACCAACACCUGCACGGUUCCUAUCACAGUAUGAAUCACAUGAUGAGCCAUCACCAUCCGGGCACGUUAAGUGGCCACACGGCGGGUAAAUAUCAGUUCAACCAGCAGCAACCACAUCCCAACCACUGUGCUGAUUACCAAGCAUUUAAUGCAGGGCACCAUGGGCAUUCAGCGGUACAUCAUCCUGUCAUCACGGCGGCUGUCGCAGCCGCUGGCCUGCAUCCCGACACCGACACAGAUCCGCGAGAGCUGGAAGCGUUUGCGGAACGCUUCAAGCAGCGUCGCAUCAAGCUUGGUGUCACGCAAGCCGAUGUGGGCAAGGCCCUGGCCAAUCUCAAGUUACCUGGCGUCGGUGCACUGUCGCAGAGCACAAUCUGUAGAUUCGAGAGCCUGACGCUGUCGCACAACAACAUGAUCGCACUGAAGCCCAUUCUGCAGGCGUGGCUGGAGGAGGCCGAGGCGCAGGCGAAAAACAAACGACGGGAUCCCGAUGCGCCCAGCGUGCUGCCGGCGGGCGAAAAGAAAAGAAAAAGGACUUCCAUUGCGGCACCUGAAAAGCGUUCCCUGGAAGCCUAUUUCGCCGUCCAGCCGAGACCGUCGGGUGAGAAAAUCGCUGCCAUAGCCGAAAAGCUGGAUUUGAAGAAAAACGUGGUACGCGUCUGGUUCUGCAAUCAACGCCAAAAACAAAAACGUAUAGUUAGUAGUGUAACACCAUCAAUGACUGGACACGGUUCGGCGGGAUUCGGAUACUGAUAGUCAUUUAUGACGGCAGCGACAGCGACAGCAACAGAAGCAGCAGCAACAGCAGCAGCAGCGGUGGCAACAGCAACUACAACUAUAACAGCAGCAACAUCAUCAGCAGCAACAGCAACAGCAGCGGAAGCGAUAGCGACAGCGACAGCGACAGCAGCAACAUCUUCAGCAUCAUCUUCUUCUUCUUCUACUUCUUCUUCUUCCACUUCUUCUCUACCCAUUAUGGGCGACUAUUAUCUUUAGUGAUUCGAUUCGGAUUCGGAUUGGGAUUCGGAUUAGCAUUAGGAUUCGAUUCAAUUGGAUGAUGUUUGGCCGGCAACAACUACAACCACAAUAACAACAACAACAACCACAGCAACAACAUCAACAACAGCUACAACAAUCUCACUCUACUUCUCAUUUUACAGUCUGGGCAGCCCACAAACAUAACUACACUUACACACACACACACACACACACACACACACACACACACACACACACACAGACACUCGAAACACACACAUGAUAAAAGCUAUAACAAAAUCAUAUAAAAAAAAAAAUAAGCAAAAAAAACAAAAAAAAAAGAUAAAACAAAAAAAAAACAUGAAGAAGAACUACAAGAAUUUUUUAGGAACGAAUAAUGAAACAAUGGACCAACAUAUCAAAUGCAAUAAUUUAUUCAAUUGUAUAGGAGAAAAAGGUGGGUAACAAAAAUAAUAAAAUACACAUUAAUGCAAAUAUGCAAAAAUUACAAGUCAGCAGGAUAGAAUCCAAUGCAAUAUGAAUACACUACAUCGAUUGUAAUGCACUAAAGCUUUCACAUUAAACACUUGCAAUUUAUUCAUUUCGAGUCAGUGGACAGUGGGCAGUGAGCAGUGGGGGGCGUGAUGAAAAUUCGAAAACCAAGUUUAGCUGUAUAUAAGCUGUAAGUAAGAAAAAUUUCAUAGCUCUAGCUGUUCUAGUCCCUGAGAUUUAGCUGCUUGAACCAACGGACGGACAGACAGACAGACGAAUUUCGCAAUAAAUCCCUCGUUCUCUUUCGGGGAUCAAUUUUGAUCCUGUCGCUGAGGAUUUACUAGCAUUGAACUAUCUCUGAGCCUAACACUUAAGUUAUUUGUGUCCUUUGAUGUUGCCAUACUAAUCAUCAAUUUUGCAAUUCACUUUUUUUAUUUUUCAGAUUUUAAAAUUAAAAAAAAAACAUACGAAAAAAACACUUUAAAAUGACGAAUAAAACGAAUGGCACAAAAAGCCGAAUAGAUUCACAAACACAUUAACACACACACACACACACACACAGAGCCACAUCAACACCAACACAAACAGAGAGAAAAGCGACCAGAAAAACUCCAUGAAAUUGCUUCAAGUGAUCCGAUAAUAAGAAUUGCGCUCUUUAAAAAAAAAAGAAAAGAAACUAUAACUAAGCUAAACUGGGUAAACUAACUAAAUACACACACACACUCAAACACAAACAGAUACUUGAGAGUUAUAUUAGCCUCUGUAUAUGUAAAUAUAUUCUAGAGUUUGAUUCGAUUGUAAAUACCGCAGCGAUCUCUUAAAAAAAAACCCAAAAAAAAAACAACACUUAUAGCGAUGAACACGGUUUUUGGUAGCUUCAAAAGACAAAAGCAACAAUAACAACAAAUUGAAGAACAUCAGUAGAUGCAAUAGUUAAAAGUUUAGCUCAACCCUCCGCCUGAUCCAACUGAACCAGCUCCCGAACCAGAACCAGAACCAGAACCAGUAACCCGAACCGGAUCCAAUCCCAGCGGAACCUCACCCAGCAGGAAAUGUUUUGAUGCUUCCUUCAGUGCGUUAUAGUGCUUAGUUUUGUUUAUGUUUUGUAUCCAGUUAGCGACAUACUUAACCUUAGCACACAUACACAUACACAUCACACACACACACACACACACACUCAAGCAGGAGAACAACAAACAAGAACAACAACAAGCUAAAGCGAGUAAUUUUUUUUCCUAAUUAUAAGUAAACUAAUGCGAAAAAUGUUAGCAGCAACUGAGGAAAUUGCAACGAAUUUAAACUGUUGCCAAACUAAACUAACGAAAACAACAUAAAAAAUGCAAAUGCAAAUGCGAAUGCAACAAAAAACAAAAAAAAAAUAACGAAAA